CUGCAGUCCACACUAAAGCGCUGCACUGCCUGAGCUUCUGCAUGGCCUCUUGAUUUCAGUUUCGCUAGUGUAGGAAAAGUCCCGCUAGCUUGCAGCCUGUGGUGCUCACUUCUCCUAUCAGUCUUUCGGUCUCUCAGACGACAGCCUCCGUGUGUCGAGGGGCGGUAGUUUGGAGUAUCCACUGUCGUCGUCACCGCUCUUUAUAUACCGCCUAUGCCAGCCGGCCGGACCUCCGACUUUUUCUGCACUAACUUAUACAUGACCAACUUAUUUCGGGUAUAACGAGGUUUAUUCACGAGAUGGCAUCGGAAAACAUGGAAAUGAACGGCGGCGAUGAGGUUGCGCUGCGAGGCCGGCCGAGGAGGCUACAGGGACCCCUGAACAUGAACCACUACGCCAAUAAGAAGAGUGCAGCAGAGAGCAUGCUGGAUGUGGCUCUGCUAAUGGCUAACGCCUCCCAGCUGCAGGCUGUGCUGGCGGAAGGACCAGAGUUCCCCUACUACACGGUCCUCAUUACAAUGAUUAGCAUCUCUCUCAUCCUACAAAUCCUGGUGGGAAUCCUGCUCAUCUUCAUAGUUAAGUGGAAUCUAAAUGACGAAGCAAUGCACUACAGGCUGAACAUCAUGGAGAACGUCGCCACGUCCUUUGUCUUUAUCAUAGUUGUAGUCAACAUCUUCAUCACAGCCUUUGGCGUCCAGCGGCCUGUCUCGAAAGAUUGAUCG